AUGAGUCAAAUUGAAGGGAUCGUUGAAGCUACAUUCUGUGAAGAAAAACAUUUCCGUUGGGCCCGGAUGCCGUUGCUAAAAUAUAUCCUGAGGAAGGAGCUAGGAGAAGACGAGAAGGCCUCGCGGAGAGGCGGCUCAGUCAUGUUGAGGGCUUCUUGCAUCCUGCUAACGCUCCUGGUCGCGGUUGCCUCUGCGGCCAAGUACCUCCCGAAGUGGAAGAAACAGGCUUGCGAAGUACCUGCUAGCCAGAACCAACAGAGCCACUACCGCUGCGACGACAACGGAGAAGUGAAAUGCCUUGCUGGCUGGACUGGAGAUCUCUGUGACGUCCCCAUCUGCAGGAAAGGUUGCGAUCCACUUCAAGGGUACUGCAAGAGACCAGGAGAGUGCAAGUGCAAGCUAGGAUUCUACGGUGAUCUUUGCAACAAGUGCAUUGCAUUACCUGGUUGCCAGCACGGUUACUGCAAUAACAGCUUUGAGUGUAUCUGCCACGAAGGAUGGGACGGUAUUUUCUGUUCUGAACCCAUCUGCAGGCUAGACUGUCAUUCCACAAGAGGAUAUUGUGAAUAUCCUGGUGAAUGCAGGUGCCGCCUUGGUUGGGCUGGAGAGACCUGUAAGGAGUGCCAAGUUCUGCCUGGCUGCCAACACGGCUACUGUACCAAGCCACUAGAGUGCAAAUGCCAGGAAGGUUGGACCGGAAUACUGUGUCAAACACCUGUGUGUGCCGCCAACUGCCAUAGAGAGAGGGGAUACUGCAGGAAGCCUGGAGAAUGCAGGUGUAAAACGGGCUGGUGGGGCAAGAGCUGCGACAGGUGCUACCCCUAUCCCGGCUGUGUCCACGGAGACUGCAGGAGGCCCUGGGAGUGCAAUUGUAAGCCUGGCUGGGGAGGCAUGCUUUGCGACCAAGAGCUAAAAUAUUGUCAAGAUCACCCAGGAACUUGCGAGAACGAAGGGACCUGUAUCUCACUGGCAGAAGAAGACGGUGAUUACCGCUGUAUUUGCAAGGAAGGUUUCACAGGGCGAAACUGUCAGUUAAACAGGAACGUUGAAGCUGGAGGAGGGUAUUUGAACCUAACUGUACCAUUGGCUCCCACCACAACAGAGAAAACAACAACAACGACGACCACUGAAAAAAUUCAAACUUCAACAACAAAAGAACCGGACAUCAACAGGCCUAACGUUACAAACAACAUAAUUGUAUAGGGAAUUUUCUUUACAAUUAAUACUCUUAUUUAAGUUUCAUAUUUAACGAUUCCUUUGAAUUAGCAUCAAUAGAACACAAGCAAAUAACAACGAACUUUAAAUUGCGUUAUUAGCUUAUACUUUAAUUGAUUGGAAACAGUGAGAACUGAAGGAUUGUGUCCAUGUUCAGUUAUUCUCUUACCAUUACUUAUACAUAUAAUAUUUUAACAAAAUUAUAGCUUGUAUAAAUUAGUAAAAAUUGUGCAAUCUCUUUUUCAUAGAAUAUGGAGCAUAACUUGAGUUUAAGGUUUUAUUAGAUAAAUAGGAUCUGAGCUUAAGAUUUUGUUAUCUGUAAACAAUUACAUACAAAUUGUCAGUUUUUAAUGAUAAACUAAAUGAGACUGUAUUGAACAUAGCAUUUCUGAUUUAUAUGAUGUUCUCUUUUAAAAUGGACGAAAGCUGUGGGUCAAGUGAUCAAAAUUUGACUCUAUCGAUUAUUCAGAAAAUCAAGAAUACCAUUCGUGUCAUUAUUGAAUUUAUAAUGAUUUUAUUUACUGCCAUAUUCAUUGUUUAUAUUUCUUUUAGAUUUUUGUGCAAUGGAGUAUUCUUUGUAAAAUUGUCCCUAAUCUUAUUCAGGUGGUAUGUUGUAUCUCCGAAGCUAGUACGUGUAUUUUUGUCUGUAUAAUAAGACUUAUUUAUUGUAAUUAAUUUAUUUAUUAAAUAUUUAUUCGUGUAAUUAUGUAAUGCAAUUUCUCUUAUUUUUAUUUUAUAUCCUGUCACUGCUCAAUAUGGAUGAAGGAAUGAAGUUCAGCAACUGGCGG